CGGCCCCGCCUCCGGCGCAUGCCCUACCACUACUACGAGCCCAAGGGGCCGGACGAAUGUGUCACCUACAUCCAGAAUGAGCACAGUCGCAAGGGCAACCACCACCGCUUCAUCACCGAGAAAAAGGUCUUCUCGUCUUGGGCCCAGCUGUAUGGCAUUACCUUCUCCCACCCCUCCUGGACCUAGGCCACCCAGCCUGUGGGACCUCAGGAGGGUCAGAGGAGAAGCAGCCUCCGCCCAGCCGCUGGGCCAGGGACCAUCUUCUGGCCAAUCAAGGCUCGCUGGAGUGUCUCCCAGCCAAUCAGGGCCUUGAGGAGGAUGCAUCCUCCAGCCAAUCAGGGCCUGGGGAAUCUGUUGGCCAAUCAGGGAUUUGGGAGUCUAUGUGGUUAAUCAGGGGUGUCUUUCUUGUGCAGUCAGGGUCUGCGCACAGUCAAUCAGGGUAGAGGGGUAUUUCUGAGUCAAUCUGAGGCUAAUCCUUUCCCAUGAGGUCUUGGUUCAGAGCCCCAGGAAUGGACCCCCCAAUCACUCCCCACUCUGCUGGGAUAAUGGGGUCCUGUCCCAAGGAGCUGAGAACUUGGUGUUGCCCCCUCAAUUUCAAGCACCAGAAAGAGAGAUUGUGUGGGGGUAGAAGCUGUCUGGAGGCCCGGCCAGAGAAUUUGUAGGGUUGUGGAGGUUGUGGGGGUGGUGGGGAGGUCCCAGGGGUGGGAGGCUGGCAUCCAGGUCUUGGCUCUGCCCUGAGCGACCUUGGACAAACCCUUCCCCCUCUCUGGCCCCCCUUCUGCCCACACCAGUUUCCAGUGCGGAGUCUGAGACCCUUUCCACCUCCCCUACAAGUGCCCUAGGGUCUGUCCUCCCCGUCUGGACCCUCCCAGCCACUAUCCCUUGUUGGAAGGCUCAGCUCUUUGGGGGGUCUGGGGUGACCUCCCCACCUCCUGGAAAACUUUAGGGUAUUUUUUUCUCAAACUCCUCCAGGGUUGGGGGACUCUGAAGGAAACGGGACAAACCUUAAGCUGUUUUCUUAGCCCCUCAGCCAGCUGCCAUUAGCUUGGCUCUUAAAGGGCCAGGCCUCCUUUUUUGCCCUCUAGCAGGGAAGUUUUCCAACUGUUGGAGGUGCCUUUGGGGCUGCCCCUUUGUCUGGAGUCACUGGGGGCUUCCGAGGGUCUCCCUCGACCCUCUGUCGUCCUGGGAUGGCUGCCGGGAGCUGUAUCGCCUGGGUUCUGUCCCCUGGCUCUGUAUCAGGCACUUUAUUAAAGCUGGGUCUCAGUGGGGUGUGUUCGUCUCCUGCUCUUCUGGAGCCUGGAAGGGAAGGGCUUCAGGAGGAGGCUGUGAGGCCGGAGGGACCAGAUGGAGGAGGCCAGCAUCUAGCCAUUGCACACUGGGGUGAUGGGUGGGGGCGGUGACUGCCCCAGACUUGGUUUUGUAAUGAUUUGUACAGGAAUAAACACACCUACGCUCCGGCUUCGUGUCCUGUGUCUCCUGGGUCGAGCACAGCCUUCUGGUCCAUGCUGCAUGCGGCCUCAGGACCGUGUCUUCUGGUUGGGGGCUCCCGGUAAAGCGAUCCUCAGCUUUUUCAGCAGCCAGUGGCCAGUGAGAGCACUGACGCAGCUCCCGGGACCUCGGCAGGAUGGAAGAGAAGCUGAAGAAAACCAAGAUCAUCUUUGUGGUGGGUGGGCCUGGCUCAGGGAAGGGCACCCAGUGUGAGAAGAUCGUGCAGAAGUAUGGCUACACACACCUCUCCACCGGGGACCUCCUGCGGGCCGAGGUCAGCUCAGGCUCGGCCAGGGGCAAGAAGCUGUCGGAAAUCAUGGAAAAGGGGCAGCUGGUUCCGCUGGAGACAGUGUUGGACAUGCUCCGGGAUGCCAUGGUGGCCAAAGUCGAUACUUCCAAAGGCUUCCUGAUUGAUGGCUACCCGCGGGAGGUGCAGCAAGGAGAAGAGUUUGAGCGACGGAUUGGACAGCCCACACUGCUGCUGUAUGUGGACGCAGGCCCUGAGACCAUGACCCAGCGGCUCUUGAAACGUGGAGAGACCAGCGGGCGUGUGGACGACAAUGAGGAGACCAUCAAAAAGCGGCUGCAGACCUAUUACAAGGCCACAGAACCCGUCAUCGCUUUCUAUGAGAAACGUGGCAUUGUGCGCAAGGUCAACGCCGAGGGCUCCGUGGACAGUGUCUUCUCCCAGGUCUGCACCCACCUGGACGCCCUAAAGUAGCAACGCUGGAGCCGCUUCCCCAGCUCAGAGCCCCGCCCCACCCCUGUCCUGAUUUGAGGUCCUCCUGGCCUGAGCACAGCGCCUCCACCCUGCCUGGCUGAGCACAGAUGGAGGAAGCCGCUUAUCCUGUUUUCAUGGACAGCUGAGCACUAAAGGAAUUUCUAAGGACAUUUGGUUUUACUGCUUUUUCUCUGCUUCCAGUUGGAGUUGAUUCAUGUGCUUGUACCCACCUGGCCAGGAGUCCCCAGCGCCUCAACCCUCCAUUCCUCCUCAGCCUCCCUUUGCCAGCCACCCCUCCUCUAGCUCUGGUGGGGGGCCCAGGGCCCUUCCUCGCACAGGGCAUGUCUGGCCUGAGGACCCGGCGCUGAGUGGCGGGGCCCCUGCUCCGAGGGGCUCAUGUCCGGUCCCAGCCUGGGCUCCUCUGCAUCUUGCUCUGUGGCCUUGGCCCUGACCCCCAUUGCUCUGAGCAUAUGUUCCAUGCCUGGCCCUUGCCGGGGCCUGGACUGCAAGCAGCAAGGUCAUGGGCUGAGUGGGGCUUCCUGGGCAGUUGGGGCGGCCCACGCCAGCCGGCCCAGUGGGCAGUGAAUUGGCUUCCUUGACGCAAGAGGCUCUGAGGGUCUGAAAAGGGCAUCUCAAUGGCAUGGGUGGGUGGGGAGUCAUGUCACUGAAAUUGAAUGGGGGAGACCCAACGAGGUGGCUCAUGCCUGUAAUCCCAGCACUUUGGGAAGCUGAGGCAGGAGGAUCACCUGAGGUCAGGAGUUUGAGAGCAGCCUGGCCAACAUGGCAAAACCCCUUAUCUACUAAAAAUACAAAAAUUUGACAGGCAUGGUGGCAUGUGCCUGUAUUCCCAGCUACUCAUGAGGCUGAGGCAGGAGAAUCGCUUGAACCCGAUUGAGCCAAGAUUGCGCCACUGCACUCCAGCCUGGGGUGACAGAGCAAGACUCCGUCUCAAAAAAAAAAAAAAAAAAAAAAAGAAAAGAAAUUGAAUUGGGGGAGUCAUGGUCAGGGGUGAGACCUGAAGGACCUCCCCCUGUGUGGCCCUGGACACAGCCCACCCUCUCUGAGCCAUUUCCAAUUCUAAAACAGACUCAAAGUCCCUCUCACCCCCACCUCAAGGUCAGGAGGAGAACACACUGAGUGAGGAGUGUACUCUGUCCAUUGCCACGGCCAUGAGGGCUGGAGACCAGAACAGCCUGGCUCGAAGCGUGCAGGGCCCCGGAUGACUUGGGGACACCCCAGAAUCCCCUGGGGAGAACCCUUCCUGCGCGCUUUCAUUUUUUGACCUCAUCACUGAGAAAGGCUCAAUUUGGUGCUCACGUGUCCUUAACACCUGAUCUGGCCCAAGCUGGGCUCCCUUUAAAGCCAAGAGGGCCUCUGUGGACCCCACCUGCCCGAAUGAAAUCUGCCCGAAUGAACAGUUGGGGCUGUUAAUGGCAAGUGGGGCUGGUUUUUCGUUUCCAUUGGUUAUUUAAAGUUUCCUUUAAAAUAAACGAUUUUAAGUUAUAAAA